CUCAGCUCCUGCACCUGCUGCCAUGAUGGCCGAGGAGGAGUUCACGACGUGCGACCUGACCACCUGCUCCUCCACGACGGAGGAGACCUUCAACACCGUCAACAUUCAGGAAAUCGAGCCUAUUUUCUCCGUGUUAACCGGCGGGAUGAGGGCGGCGGGGGACACGGUGUCUCCGGGCACCUGCGGAGGAGGAGGAAGCGGCUGCACCUCACCCACCGCCGCCACCUCCGAUACCGAGUCCGGGAUCUUCUCUGUGGAGAGCGAGGUCUGCGUGGAGCACGAGUCGGAGCUGGACUGGUUCUGUGGGACCGAGCAGAAGCUCAUCUGUUCCCGCUGCGCCACCGUGGGGCCCUGCCGCGCGCACGCCGUGACCCCUCUGGCCAGCAGGGUCACCUCAGUCAGGAACCAGCUGGUGGACGUGUGCGAGAAAAUGCAGCUGCAGGCUCUGAGGAUCGACAAGUUUAUCGAGCAGACCCUGGAAGCCAAAAAGCAAAAGCUUCAGGUGGAUGCGAGCAAGGCGAGGGACCAGGUUCUGGCUCAGGUCAACGCCGCGCGUGACGCCCUGGAGAAGGAGGAGCAGCGCAUCCUGGAGGAGGUGCAGAGGGAGCAGGAGCGGGUGGAGCAGUGCCUCCUCACCCAGAGAGCCCACUGGAGCCAGGCUCUGGCCAGUCUGUCGCAGACGCGCUCCCAGUUGGUGCACACGCUGACGCACACCGCAGACGCACAGCUGGUGAUCAGUGUCCAAGAAAUCGCGGAAAGGGUGGAGGACGCCGAGGGGGUCGGGAACCCCUGCGACACAGAGCAGCUCAACCUGAACCCAAACUGUACUGACAGCAAGCUGCUGAGAGGCCUGUGGGCGGCCGCACUGCUGCUCGGCCCCAACGCAUAUGGAUCACCUCUGGUAAGGUUUGACGAGCGCACGGUGAGCCCCCUCCUUUCCCUCUCCGACGAUCUACGAACUUUGACCUUCCUCCAAAAAAAGCCCCGCCAAUCUCCAUCCUACGACCCCGCUCGCUUUGACUUGUGGCCCAAUGCUCUGGGCUCCCUGUCUGUGUCCUCCGGCACCCACAGCUGGGUGGUGGACGUGGGUCAGAGCGGCGCCUUUAAGGUGGGGGUCUGCUACGCCUCUCUGGAACGCAAAGGUUCCAGCAAUGAGGCCCGACUGGGCAACAACGCUCAGUCCUGGGUGCUUUCUCGCUACGAUGACGACUACUCGUACUGUCACGCGGGGAAGAAGGUGCCCCUGCAGGUGGUGAGGAGACCCGAGAGGAUCGGCGUUCUGCUCGACUGGCCGAGUCAGAUGCUGCUGUUUUACGAGCCGGACUCCUGCGCUGUCCUGCACGCCGUCACGCAGCACUUCAGCGCUCCGCUGCUGCCGGCGUGCGCCGUGACGGACCGCAGCAUCACCAUCCUGCACUGA